GUCAUUUCUAGACAUUAUAAAGGAGACAGAGAACACAGAAAUCCUAUCACAAGCCUUCGCUGGUUUGUGACAGAAGUCCCACUCCUCUGUUCUUCAAUCCACAGUUUGGCAAGAUGACUUCUCUGCAUGCUGCUUUGCUCUUGGGAAUUAUUUCCCUUUCAUUUGCUGUUGAGUCAAGCAUCAAGUGGUGUACAGUUUCUCCACAAGAGACAAGGAAAUGCGAGGAUUUAAAAAGCCACAUGUUAAAUGAAGGCUUCUCCAACUUUAAAUGUGUGCAGAAGGAUAGUCCUGGAACCUGUUUGAGUGCCAUCAAGAAUCGAGAAGCAGAUGCUAUAACUGUGGAUGCUGGAGAUAUCUACAAGGGAGGUCUCUUGCCUGAACCACGCCUGAAACCUAUUGCAGCUGAGAAUGUCACAGGCGAAUCCUGCUACUAUGCUGUAGCAGUGGUAAAGAAAGGCAGUGGCUUUGAUAUCAGUCAGCUGAAGGGCAAGAAGUCAUGCCACACUGGUUUGGGUAAAUCUGCUGGAUGGAAUAUCCCAGUUGGCACCAUUCUGAAACGUUUUGGAGAAAGUUUCAAUAACGAAGAUCCCAUUGAAAAAUUUGUGGCACAAUUCUUUUCCAGCAGCUGUGUUCCAGGUGCCCCUAAAACUUUCCCUCGUCUUUGUAAACUCUGCAAUGGAACAGGAACAAAUCACUGCCAGCGAUCACAUAACGAACCCUAUUAUGAUUAUUCAGGAGCAUUUCAAUGCUUGAAGGAUGGAAAAGGAAAUGUAGCCUUUGUGAAACAUACCACAGUGCCAGCUGCUGAGAAGGCAAACUAUGAGCUCCUGUGCUUAGAUGAUACCAGAAAGGCAGUCGAUAAAUACAAAGAGUGUAACUGGGCAAAAGUGCCAGCUCAUGCAGUGGUCGUAAGGAGCGGAACUGUUGAAGAUGCGAAAAAUAAUGAGAUCUGGAGAUUCCUCUCGACAGCCCAGAAAAGAUUUGGGCCACAGAGUCAGGGAACAUUUAAACUUUUCAGUUCAUCACAAUAUGGACGGAAGGAUUUGAUGUUUAAAGAUGCGACGGAACAACUGAUUCACCUUCCCAAAGCAACUGAUUACCUUCUGUACCUUGGCACGAAUUAUGUAAAUGCUCUGAAAACCAUUACCAAAGAGCCCGGUAGCUUGAGUGAUAAGAUACGCUGGUGUACAAUUGGUGAUGCUGAAAAGAAUAAGUGCGACAUGUGGACAUCAGUAAACUGUGUCUCAGGUGACAACGCUGAGGACUGCAUCAAACAGGUUAUGUCUGGUGUUGCUGAUGCAGUAAGUCUUGAUGGUGGGCAAGUCUAUGUUGGAGGAAAGUGUGGCCUUGUUCCAGUUAUGGCAGAGCAUUAUGACAAAAAAAAUCUUAAUCCAUGCAGCUCACCAACGAAUACAAAAAUACCCUCUUACUAUGCUGUGGCAGUUAUAAAGGAUCAUAGCCUGAACUGGGAGAAACUGAGAGGGAAGACGUCCUGUCAUACAGCUAUUGGCCGGACUGCAGGCUGGAACGUUCCCAUGGGAUACCUGAUCAACAAAAAUAAAAUCAGAGCUUGUGAUGUUUAUAAUUCAACCUAUUUUAGUUCGAGCUGUGCUCCUGGAGCGGAUAAGAGUGUUUACCCCAAACUGUGCUCCCUUUGUGUUGGUACUGGAAAGCCGUUGGAUACAGAAAGCAAAUGUGUAGCUAACAACAAUGAACGAUACUUCAGCUACAGUGGAGCCUUCAGGUGCAUGGCAGAAGCAGGUGAUGUUGCUUUCGUCAAACAUACCACCGUGCCAGAGAACACUGACGGGAACGGACAUCUCAGUUGGAAUGAGAAUCUGAAAUCUGCGAACUAUCGCCUCCUGUGCAAGGAUGGUAGUACAGCACCAAUCUCUGACUACUUGACCUGUAACCUGGCUGAAGUGCCAGCACAUGCCGUUAUGACACGACAUGGGAUGGAAAAGAAAAUUGUCAAUCUGCUGAAAGCUGAACAGAAAAAAUAUGGCCGUAGUGGAAUCUCAAAAGAGACUUUCAACAUGUUCAGCUCGGAUACAUUUUCGGGCAAGGACCUUCUUUUCAAGGACUCUACUCAGUGCCUCAUUGAAGUCCCCAAAAAAGACUACAAAAACUUCCUGGGUGAUGAUUAUAUUGCCUCAUUGAAUGGGCUCCAUGCCUGCAAAACUCCUGAGUUAUUGGAAGCUUGUUCCUUUGCUACUUGCUGAACCCUACUGUGGCAGCUGGAUGGAGGUUUAUUGACGAGGUGAUCUUCCAUUCUCUCCAUCUGAUACAAAUCUGGCUGCAAUAAUAUCUGCACGUUGCCUGCCUGAAUUCUUCUUUUGCAUUGAUCGGUUUACAAUAGAUAUGUCGCUGCAGUGGAAACAGAGGAGUUGGGACUUGAUUGUAUUUCUAUAACACAAUAAAUCUUUCAGCACUGA